GAGCGAGAGGGAGAGAGGUGGGCAGCAUUGAGGAACUGAGUUCAUACAAUACUACUGAGACAUCUACAGCUUAGCAGACAGAUACGGUGAACCGCCUAUCGCGGCUCCAGUAAGUGAUGCUGCACUGAGGCACACUUUGAUCCAACUCCAUUGGGGGGCGAUGCGCUCUCUGCAUCCCUCCUUCAAGAGUUUUUGGGGAGCCUGUACAACCUCGAAUCAGUCAAAACAAGUGAUUAUAAAAAUAAAUUAGGUUUAAGCUUUCUGUUUUUCAUCAGAAGUCUUUUUUUUUGCGCUCUUGGAUUGAAGUUUUACGCACGAGUCAAGAAGCGUUUAGAGCACACGCGUAAGUUUAGUGCCAGAUAUUUGAAGCUGGUAAAACAAGUAGGAAAUUCAAGGCAGUAGGCUAGGGAUACAAAGUUAAUGUAAAACAAGCUUGGAUCAAUGCGUAUCACCAGCCGGGGGACUGCGAGCCCAAGACAUCCGAAGAGGAAUUACAGCGUCCUUUUCAAACAAAGUUGAUCGCUGUGCACGAUUUUUUUUCUCUUGCACAUGAGGACCAUGUUUUUUUAGCUCACGGAUAAGUUUUUGUAGUGGAUAUCGUUAUUUUCGACUUGCAUUGCUUUUUGCUGCCGCUGCCGAUGAGGAUCCUUUCCCCCAGUUCAGUUAAAUUCAUGGCACUUAUUUUUUCGCAAAUCAGUGAUGUCUCCACGCGACGGUAUUGACUGUUGAUUGUACACCCUGUUCGAGUGGAAAAGAAUUGCUGCCGUUGAAGUGAAGCUCCCAUCCACACUUGAGUAUGGACUUACCAAGUCAGGCUCAUGUGCUGGUGGUCUUGCUCACCUGUGUGGUCUUGGUAUGCCGGGCCCAGGAGCGGGACUACACGGUGAAGGAGGAGCAGCCAGAGAACGUCCGUAUCGGGAACCUGCGCAAGGACUUGGAUCUCAACCUGGACCCAAACAUCAGGCUAUCCUCACCGCUGCAGUUCAAGCCUGUGUACAAGACGGGUGACGUGCCUUUGGUGAGGGUGGAGGCCAACACGGGGGAGAUCUUUACCACCAAUCACAGAAUCGACCGGGAGAAGCUGUGCUCAGGAGUCUUCGCUGAGAAACGCUGCUACUAUGAGAUCGAGGUGGCCGUUCUGCCUGAUGAGAUCUUCCGAUUGGUCAAGAUCCGCUUCCUGAUCGAGGAUGUAAAUGACAACGCACCGCUUUUCCAGUCCACGGUUAUAAACAUCUCCAUCCCAGAGAACACAGCGAUCAACACCCGAUACCCGGUGCCCUCAGCAUUUGACCCUGAUGUAGGGAUCAAUGGGAUUCAACACUAUGAACUUGUCAAGAGUGUCAGCGAGUUUGGCUUAGACAUCAUAGAGACUCCUGAAGGGGACAAGUGGCCGCAGCUCAUUGUUCAACAGAACCUAGAUCGCGAGCAGAAGGACACCUUCGUUAUGAAGAUAAAGGUAGAGGAUGGUGGCAACCCCCCCAAGUCCAGCACUGCCAUCCUGCAAGUCACCAUCUCCGAUGUUAACGAUAAUCGUCCCGUCUUCAAAGACACUGAGCUGGAGGUCUCGGUGCCAGAGAAUGCCCCCAUGGGAACAUCGGUUGCUCAUCUGCAUGCCUCAGACGCAGACCUUGGUUCCAACGCGCAGAUCCACUUUGCCUUCAGCAACCAGAUCUCUGCCUCAACCAAACGUCACUUUUCCAUCGACAGCUCAACAGGACUGAUCACUGUGAGGCAGUCUCUGGACAGGGAGGUAACUCCUGUUCACAAACUCAUCGUGCUUGCCAGUGAUGGCAGCUCUACUCCCUCCAGAGCCACAGUGAUUGUUAAUGUAACAGAUGUUAAUGACAAUGUUCCCUCCAUAGACACUCGCUACAUUAUCAACCUGGUUAAUGGGACUGUUCUGCUAUCUGAAAAUGCACCUCUCAAUACAAAAAUAGCCCUCAUCACUGUUACUGACAAGGAUGCAGAUCUUUUUGGCAAAGUAGCUUGCUACACUGAACAUGAUGUUCCUUUUCGGUUGAAGCCUGUCUUUAAUGAUCAAUUCUUACUAGAGACAGCAGCCCCCCUAGAUUAUGAGACGACUCGAGAAUAUGCAAUUAAGAUAGUGGCCUCGGAUAGGGGGACGCCUCCUUUGAACACUUCAGCUAUGGUUUUAAUUAAAAUCAAGGAUGAGAAUGACAACGCACCCAUCUUUCCCCAGCCGGAAAUCCAACUUUCCAUACCGGAGAACAAUGACCCCUCUACACAGUUAAUAAAAAUCAGCGCCACUGACGCAGACAGCGGACAUAAUGCUGAGAUUAUUUAUACUCUUGGCCCUGAUGCGCCUGACGGGUUUAACGUAGACAGACGGUCAGGAAUUCUCUCUGUUGGCAAACGACUGGACAGAGAGAAGCAGGAGAGGUAUUCAUUCACUGUCAUAGCGAGGGACAAUGGCUCUUCUUCCCUGCAGAGCAAUGUCACCGUCAGGCUAAUCGUCCAGGACCUUAAUGACAACAACCCAGCUUUCACACACCCCGAGUACAACUUCUAUGUGCCUGAGAACCUGCCUCUCUAUGGAACUGUGGGCUUAAUCACAGUGACGGAUGCAGAUGCGGGAGAUAAUUCAGUUAUAACCCUGUCUGUUUUGAACGGAAAAGAUAAUUUCAUCAUCGACCCCCAAACCGGUGUUAUCAAACCCAAUAUAACGUUUGAUAGGGAGCAGCAAAGCUCCUACACUUUUAUGGUUAAGGCAGUUGAUGCGGGGCAACCUCCAAGUUCCUCCUACGCCAAGGUCACUAUCAAUGUAGUCGAUGUGAACGACAAUCGCCCUGUGUUCGUGAUCCCAUCCUCCAAUUACUCAUAUGACCUAGUGCGAACCACCAUCACCCCUGGCGCUGUGGUCACCAGAGUGUUUGCCAUUGACAAUGACACAGGUAUGAAUGCUGAGCUGCAGUACAGCAUUAUCAGCAGCAUCAUCAUCACAUCUAGGGUCUCCCCUCGAGGUCUUUUCUCCAUCGACAAAGCAACGGGUAACAUAACACUGCAGGAGAAAAUAGUGACAGCUGAUCAGGGACUGCAUAGGCUGGUAGUCAAGGUCAAAGAUCUAGGUCAGCCUGAGUCAUUACAUGCCAUUGCGCUUAUUCACUUGUUUGUCAAUGACACUGUGUCAAAUGCUACCUUUAUCCAAGAGCAGCUGAGAAAAAGUAUGGAGACACCUUUGGAUCGUAACAUAGGGGAAGGUGAGGUAACACCUCAAGCCAACGGAUAUGUUAUUGUUGUCAUAGCAAUCAUAGCAGGGACGAUGACUGUCAUCUUGGUGAUAUUUGUGACUGCCUUGGUGCGCUGCCGACAGACACCCAGACAUAAAGUGGUACAAAAGGGCAAGCAGAGUGGCGAAUGGGUGUCCCCCAACCAAGACAACCGUCAGAUCAAGAAGAAGAAGAAGAGAAAGAAGCGAUCCCCAAAGAGCCUCCUCUUGAACUUUGUGACAAUAGAUGAAUCCAAGCCUGACGACCCCACCCAUGAGCAUGUUAAUGGUACACUUGAUCUCCCUGUGGAGCUAGAGGAGCAAACCAUGGGGAAGUACAACUGGGCCACCACGCCCACCACCUUCAAACCUGACAGCCCAGAUUUAGCCAAACAUUACAAGUCUGCGUCCCCUCAGCCUACAUUUCAAAUCAAACCUGAGACUCCAGUGGCCCCAAAGAAGCACCAUGUGAUCCAGGAGCUCCCCUUGGACAACACGUUCGUGGUGGGCUGUGACUCACUCUCCAAGUGCUCAUCGACUAGCUCCGACCCGUACAGUGUCUCAGAGUGCAGCUGUCAGGGGGGAUUCAAGACUACGGGGCAAAUCUCCACCCGACAGAACCUGAGCCAGACACCGGAGACGUCUUUUAACUCGCCGCUCCCCAUUUGUCCUCAUAAGGAGGCCUGUCAACUCGGCAAGAUAACCUCUGUGAAUACGCAGCGCCGCGUGACGUUCCAUCUUCCAGACGGUUCCCAGGAGAGCUGCAGUGACAGCGGGUUGGGAGACCCGGAGCCAAGCAGCACGGCCAGCACCACCCAGCCCCUUCCCCUCAGCUUCCCCCAGGAGGAGUACUAUGAGCAAACAUCACCUAACAGCCGCACCGAGGGAGAUGGAAACUCAGACCCUGAAUCUAGUUUUGCAGCCAUCGAGGUGAACCUACAGAAAGCCUUGGCUGAGGCCUCUGAGACCUGUACCCAGGAGUGUCUGAUACUGGGCCACUCCGACAGCUGCUGGAUGCCCCCAGCCCUGGCCCAGUUCCAGGGUCCUGGCAUAAACAGCCCCACCUCCACCCCCAUCACCAGCGCCAUCAUCGGUACAAUGCCUUCUUUUGGCUUCCAGCAGAGCUGCGCCCGGGGAGCCAAAGUUAACAUGAUCGGCAUGGGGGUCAUGGAUGGUCGCCAUACACUGGGCAGGUCUGUGCCCAAAAAAGAUGAUCUGGAAAAAGGGAUCAACCGGCCGCAGUUCUACAACACCCUGGAUAGACACUGCAGUAAGAAGGAAGACCUGAUCAAAGUGAUACCACUGGCGAGCUUCUCCUCCCAUGGGCAGCAGACGCCCACUGGCGUGGGCAGCAGCUCUUUCUUACACGAGCACCAGUUGUAAGAGUAACAGACAGAUCUUCAUUAACCUGACAUACAUUUGACUUUGAAUCCAUAGACGGCUUGUGACUUUAUUUAUCAGUAUGCGUACGCGUGGAGGUAUGCAUAAUCUGAAUAACUUUGACCAGCUCCAGCUCAGUUCUACUAAUGAAGACUUCUGAGAAUGGAUUUGAUCAUGAAGAUGUUGUUCAGACAAAACCACAUGGGAUCAGUCUGACAGCUAAAGCAGUUGAAAAAAAAAAUGUAAGUCUUAACAUAGCAGGCCCAUGUAUAUUAAAUAAAGGUAGUUCUAUACCAAAGUAGUUCCAUUGUAGAAAAAGAUAAUUUUGCUUUAGUUUGCUGAUGUGUGCUUAGUGGUAAGAAAGGGCAAUGUACGCUUGGGCCCAGCUUAGUGGGACUGUGUCCUAAAAAAAGCAUUUCUUUGUGCAGAAACUCUUACAAAUAUACUCUGUGUUGAGUGAGCUAAAUUGGGCUAAAUGUUAAUUAUGAGCUCUGAGUGGAUGGUGUUUCUGUUCAAGUUCUAGUGAAGUAUUGCUCUGUACAACACGCAGCACAAACUCCUUUGGUGGUGGAAUUUUUUCUUUUGUCUUGCCUGAAAGUGUUUCAGGAGUCUAUUUUGGUCAGGGGACUGCAGAAGGAUGAAAAAAAGUCUACAAAGCAUAACUAGGCCAAUGGUAGACAACACCGGUAAUCUUUUGCAUUCUACAUUUUCACCAUGGACCAGCACACAAAAUGAAACCGAAAAAAACUCCUGCAUGUCCACACUUGCACAAGAUGUUUCUCAUUGGGUAAUUGCUCCAUCUCUGCCAACUCUAUUAAGAAAAUGUUCACUUCUUGCAUUAUCUCAGCAGCUUAGUCUCAAAAGGCACAGACAGAUGUGCUUUGUUUCCUUCCCUUUGUUUCUAUCUUUCACAUAUUGCUGCUCAGAAACACUCACAUACCAUAAUAACGGCUAUGGAGCCAAUUAUAAAAAAUCUCUAUGUAAUUAUGUUGAUGUGUGAUGUCAGUAGCGACCCUCGUUGUGGUUAGAAGGUCUGGAAUGGUUCUCUUGACUAGCUGGAAACAUGCUCUGAAUGAAAAGGUGGCAAGCACUGAGAAAAUACAGCUUAAAUUGCACCCUAUCUUCUCACCAUAUUAUUAAUAACACCUUUUGUUCUUGCUAUUAAUUACUAGUGUGUGUUUCUACAACUCAUUUGUGCUGCAACGUUUUUUUUAUCAGUUUUUACCAUGUGUAGACAUUGGUAUAAUAGAUCAGGGUACAAACAUUUUUUAGCGCCCUAGUCUAACUGAAUUAUUGAUUUUAAUAUUAUUGUUUGCAGUUAUAAAGAUAAGCAUUGGCACAAUUUGAAAGGACCUCCCUGCAGGCUGCCUAUCGCCAUGACUUCCUCAUGCAUACACUGCCUAUCUGCCUGUGUGUGUGUGUAAAUUGUACUGAUGAUGAUAACUGCUGUAACAGAUUGAGUGCAGUAUAAUCUAUUGCUAUGGAAAUAAGUGACUUUGCUGAUAUCCAUUUUUCUUUCAGUAAAAUCCAAGCCAGAUGUCUACAUCAUCAGGUGUAUGAUUCAUGCGAUUAAUUUUCCCGUACCAUCUUGCAAAUUGGGAACAGGCCUAAACCUAUAAUGCAACGUGGCAUUCUCUAGGGAAUGGCGCAGGGUAAUUUGUGUUUGCUUGGUCUUAGCAACCACACCUAUUCUCUCUUUCAUUUUGGGUCAGGACUUAUCGUUAUAAGAGGAUUUAUCUGAGAGUCAGUAAAAUGAUCACUUAAAGGAACAUUGUUUCAAGGACACGCAAACAGGGCAAUUCAAUUUCACCUCAGUCAAUUACGAAAAUGAAUUUAAAUCAAAACGAGCAACAAACAACUGUGGAUUGAAAAUGUCCCACUAUGGGAAUCCAAUUUCAGCUCAUUUAUUAAUACCUUGUUUUUCCUCUUAUCGCUUUUAAUCUAAUUUCCUUGUUAUGAUAUAGACAUGCAUCUCCUAAUGGUAUGAAUAAUACAUAUUUGUAAAAAGCAGCACAUAUCAAGAAAAAAUACAAACUGAUAUCACUGAAAAAAGGAAUUGUGUGACUGACAAAUGCAAAUCCAACCCUCUCUUUUUUAAUCCUAAUGUUGCCUCAAAAAGUAUUUUCAGCCUGUUUACAAUCAUGAGAAUAAGUAGGGCAAACUAAUUCCUGGUUGGAUCUUUUCAACAAAAAUAAAGAAUAAAAGAACAAUUAGGUUUUCAUUCAUUAACAAUAACAAGGACAGACAGUUUCUGCUGGAGAGUUUUUCAAUAGUACACAUAAAGGGAGAGAAUAUCCAUGAAAUGUAUACAAAAUAAAACACAAAAAUGUGAUUGUUUGAAAUAAUGUAUCCAGUCACAUGUGUACAGUAAGCACAUAAUUACUUAUCUGUAAUCCACACUGUGUUUUAACUCACCUUGCCUACAUAACUCUUGUGUAUUUUAAUAAAUCCGCUACAUUAAUUAAAAGACAUCUUCUAGAAGGAAUAGAUUAAAAACUGCAUGAAUGUACGUAUUUAGGCUGUUGCUUUUAUUACAAACAUGACGUUUUGGUCUACUGCAGUCCUAUUUUGUUUGAUCAUAUAACCGUCUGGAGGCAAAAGUGCCGGUGCUUGAUUCAUUUAUUUUUCAAACAAAGAGCAUACCAUAUGAAUGUGCAUUUGUUUUUCUGGGAUGAUGCUCCCCUGAGAGUAAGUAAUGUCGCUCUGUGUCAAAGGUUUUCAUCUUUCACAAAACACACAGUGAAAUAGAUCACAGGUGUCCACUUUGCAUGAUUCUGCUCUCACUGUUAUUUUCCUAUUUUUCUGAGUCACUCUGCCCCAAAAGCAAAAGAUAGUAUACAUAAAACUGAAGAUAGCUUUUUCAUGUUCAGAAUGUUUCUAUUCAAAAUGUGUGUCAUGAUUACCAUGUCAAUGUGUCUCAUGAUUUGCAUGAACUGUUUGGACCUCCACAAGGUGUUUCUCGACACUUGACUAUGUAGUUCAUGCAUCCAUCAUUAUAUUCAGUGUCAAUAUUGAUGUUUACUGCUCUACCUGUUUGUCUGUCUUAUGGAAGAAAACAAAUGUUACACGGUGUAAACAUUCAAACUUUGUGAAGUGUGCGUACCACUUAUGCCUCUACGUACACACACAUAUCUAUCCUGACAGGUAAACUGGAUUUUAAACUGUACAUAGCAGUACCCCUGUGAACUACUAUAAUGAACACAACAUGAAAAUACAUACACAGUAAAGAAUAAAAAAGCGACAGGAUAACAACUGGAAUUCACUAUGUUGAUAAAAAGGUAAAGGGGAAACCAUAAGAAAUGAUGAGAUGACGAUCUCUCUUGUAAUGUAAAUGAAAACAUAUGCAUAAUAUUGAUGGGAGUGUGAUUGAAUGUGUUUAUAGGUGAUCCUGAGAGAAUGUGUGUGUGUCUCCUUGCAUGUAUGAGCGUGUGUGUGUGUGUGUGUGUGUGUGUGUGUGUGUGUGUGUGUGUGGUGUGUGUGUGUGUGUGUGUGUGUGUGGUGUGUGUGUGUGUGUGUGUGUGUGUGUGUGUGUGUGUGUGUGUGUGUGUGUGUGUGUGUGUGUGUGUGUGUGUGUGUGUGUGUGUGUGCACACAUAUGUGUACUGGUAUGCACCUUGCCAGGAUAUUUUAUGUACACAAAUGUAUCUUGUAUAAAAACGAUAUCAAAAUAUGAUAUAAGACUUAAGUAUAUGCUUGUAAUUGGUCAUUGGUGAGUAAGUUCAAGUUUUGCUUUGACAGAAGGCUUCGAUUGCUUGCCAGCAAAUCUGUAUUGGUUAGUUAAAGCUAUACAGUCUGUGUUGUCAUGCCUUUGUAAAAUAUCCCAUUUAAAUCUAUGAAAAAAAUGACCUUCCAUAUGGUGAAAUGAUUUUUCUUGUCAUUGAGUUUUACUUGAGCCAUUAAAUAUUGAGUCCUCAAAGAA